AUGGAAUCUAUCUGGAACAAGUUUAGCGUCGACAGAGCUGCUAUCAUUGAAGAGGCCUUCUCGAUCGCAACGGAACGCGGCCAACAAGAGUGGUCAAACGCUGACAAAGACGUCAUGAGCCAGGCAGCUAAUGACAUCGUGCGUUCUCUUGGAGGAGAUGUCGGCUUGACAUUUGUCGAGUUUGAGGUCUUGGUUGCGUAUGCUGCUCGCGCCGACCAAGAAAGACAGCUCCGAUUCCUCGACAACCUCGUCCAAGUGAUUAGAGCUUCUCGGGGCAUUGGAUCUUUAACUUACUACGAUGAACGGUUUAUGGAAUUUGUUAUGAGUAUCCACAACGACAUUAUAGCUAUUGCUCGUAGAAACGUCGGUCUGGGUGUGUCGCCAGGUCCAAAUGCCGACAUCGCGCAGCAUGUUCUGUGUGAAGGACAGGCCCCUGUUGACUCGAUGCAGUUACCAGGUGGCGAAACUACCCGUACUUGGAAGUCUGAGUAUGAAGAGGUCAGUGAAGAAGGUAAGUACACCACUUCGGUUGUUGAGACUGUAACUGGUGAUGAAUUCUCUGGGGGUGCUUACAGCACAACGUCGACGACCUCAAGUACUUUCAUUCCAUCAAGCAUUCCCAUGCUUGAGAUUCGCGGUGCGUCGGUAAUUGAGUUUGAUGACUCUAACUAUCACAAAUUCAAUGCUUGGGACGGCGUUUUUGAGGAUGCUAUCUUGUAA